AUGUUGGAGAAGGUGAUAUCAGGACGUUUGUCCAACACUCUCUCCAAACUUGGACUGGAAGAUUUUUAUCCCAACAAGCUGACUCUACGAUCUCUGUUGGAGAUCAACAAGGACAGCAUGUAUGAAAAUUCAACUUCAUUUCUAAAGGACAUUCCAUGGUAUUUUCUCAAAAAAUUGUUAAAGAUCAAUGCUGAAUGUAGAAGAUGUAUUCAAUUGCCAGUUGAAGAAGCUGGUGAAUAUGAAGAAACUGAUGAUCCCCUUGGCAUAAGCCUUAGUACUACAGAAGACACUCACAGUGGUGUUAAUGCUCUCGACCUGAUAGUAGCACUUUUCCUUUGUGCUGACAGCUUCUUGCAGCAAGAAAUGUCUCUCCGAAUGUCAAUGUGUCAGUUUUCUGUGCCACUGUUGUUGCCUCAUAGCAACAACAGUCAGUGCAGCCUGAUGCUUUGGGCUCUCAGAGGCAUUGUUAAAGAGUGGUGUCCUCAUGUUUUGUCAGAAUCAAAAGGUUUCAUUGAGGACGUCAUCAUUGAAGCCAAUAUUCCUUUAUUUUCUUUUGUUCGUCUGAAAAACAGCAGUUUGUCAAAAUCUCAGAUCCUGAAUCACAUUCUCAGUCAGGGCCAACAGAAUCAAAAUAUCUUCAUACACAGAGAUAUGGAGGGAGGAACAAUUAAAAGACAGAUAUCUGAUGGACUGGUGGAGAUCUGCUGGUUCCUUCCCAGUGGGAAAGAAAAUCUGGACAUUUUUCCAGAGCCAGUCGCCUUUGCUAAUCUGAGAGGAGACAUUAGUGAGUCACAUGCACAGUUCAGUUUUCUUGUUCACGUUUCUGCAGCUAUCUUUGUGUUUUUGGACAAAGUUGAAGAAAAUGAGCAGGAAACUUUGACUUCAACUGGAGAUGUGAAAAAUAAACUGUUUUUGGUUGUGAAUGGCAAGGAGCAGAACAGGGAGGAGAUGAUGUCUCUUAAGACAACAUUGGAAAAGAUUGAUUUCCUUAUGAGCAAUGUGAUGGUGAAAAAAAGCAAAGAAAAUGGAGCAGAAUUUUCAAGAAAACUUUGUGGAAGUAUAAAAAAAUCUUUGGUGAAUGCAAAGACAGAGAAUGGUCCAAACAUCAUCCGUGAAAAAGCUUUUGAACUCGGACUGUUAGUAGAUGAAUCCAUAAGUAGAAAACAAGAGAGAGCGGCUGAAGAAAUUAUGAGAGGAAUCGGGCUGCAGAGUAUACCUGACUACAAGAAAGAUAACCUGCCUUUUCAGGGAGAAACCUGGAAAAGUUUAUCAAGGUUACAAAUGAACCUAUGUAGAAUAAAUACAUGUGAUGACAAAGGAACAGAAGACUAUAAAUCAAAAAUCCAAGAAAAAGAAAAAGAAAUAAAAAAGCAACAAGCAGAAUGCAAACUUUCAGAAGGACUUCAGAGUUUCAUCAAUAACAUUUCCACAAGCAAGAAAGAAGAACGAGAUUUUUUCCUGAAGUGGUUGAAACUCAAACUUGACUCUCACUCAAGAGAAAAACUGUCUGAACUGCGAAAUCAAUUCAAAGAACAGUGCAAAAACAAAAACCCAGAACUCAUUAAAGAGCUGGACCAGGCUCUGUUAGAAAGCUCUUUAGGAAUCGAGCAUUUCAUGAGAGAGAUGGGACUGAUAUACGAGUUCUUGCAAGAAAACACUGAGGAAAUCUCUUGUCUCCCUCAUUUGGCUGCUGAGAUGGUGAUGGAUGGACAUCCUUUAGAGCUUCUGGAUGGAGACGCUUCCAACGUCCCAGAAAAGUGGUUGUUGGCUGUACUUAAUGAGGUCCAUAAGAAAGUUGGAAACAGGAGCAGAUUGCUGGUACUAGCUGUUCUGGGUGUUCAGAGUUCUGGGAAGUCGACGCUCCUCAACACCAUGUUUGGUGUCCAGUUUCCAGUCAGCAGUGGCAGAUGUACAAGAGGAGCUUACAUGAUCUUCCUCAGAGUUAAUGAAGAUUACAAAAGUGAACUGGAUUAUGAUUUCAUAGUUCUCAUUGAUACAGAAGGUCUCAAGUCUCCUCAGAUGGCUCAACUUGAGAACAGUUAUGAACAUGACAACCAGCUGGCAACCUUUGUCAUUGGUUUAAGUGACAUCGCCAUCAUCAAUAUAGCAAUGGAGAACUCAACUGAAAUGAAAGAUAUCCUGCAAAUUGCAGUUCAUGCAUUCUUGAGAAUGAAAGAAAUAGGAAAAAAGCCAGUUUGUCACUUUGUUCACCAAAAUGUUGGUGUAGUUUCAGCUCAUUCCAAAUGCAUGACUGAGAGAAAGUAUCUGUUGGAUCAGCUCAAUGAAAUGACUCAGAUUGCAUCUCAAAUGGAAAAACUUCCAACCAAUAAACUAUUCACUGAUAUCCUGGACUACGAUGUGGAAAAAAACAACUGGAACAUCCCAGGUCUCUGGCAUGGCACUCCACCAAUGGCUCCAGUAAACACUGGUUACAGCGAAACUGUUGCUGAAUUCAAGAAAUAUCUUCUGGAGACAAUAAAGAGCAACAAAACCAGUGAACCCAAUCAGAUCCCAGAAUUUCUAAAAUGGGUAACAAGUCUUUGGAGGGCAGUUAAAUAUGAAAAUUUCAUCUUCAGCUUCAGAAACACCCUGGUGGCUCACGCUUAUGACAACCUGUGUAAAGAGUUCAAUCAAUGGGAAUGGAAGUUCAGAAAAGAGAUUUACUCCUGGCAGCAACAAACAGAAGUAGAAAUAUUAAAUAUUGACACUGAGUCAAAUGUAGAAGUUUUAACUAACAAGAUUGAAAAGAAAAAACAGGAAGUGUCAGAUAAAAUAACAAAUGAGGAGAAGAAAAUGAAAGAGAAUCUUGAUGAGUACUACAAGAGGACUGACAGACGUGUAAACCUGAUAGAGAAGUACAAAGUUGACUUUCAGAAUAGUAUCGAUCGCCUUGCUAAUGAAAUUCAACUUUCAGUGACAACUAAACUAGAAUGUACUCUUCAGCUGAUCGUAAACACGAAGAAAGCUCUAGAGCUACAGAGAAAAUACAGAGUCCUGAUUGAAGAGGCUGUCAUGAAGCUCCUAUAUAAGUGCAAAGAAGCCUCCACCCUGUCUGAAGAUGAGUUGACAAAAGAGUUUGAGAAGAUGUGGUCUGAAUCUACAGCUAAUCUGUCUGGCUUAGAAGAACGAGACAUUGCUGGAUGUGUCCUCAAGCAGUUGAGGAAAAAUUUCUCUAAUCGAAAUGUAAAUCAGGAAUUAGUAAACGUGGACUUAAAUAAUGAAGGUUUGCAAAAAUUCAAAGCUAAAUCUAAACAUAUUGAUGGCUGGCAGAUUAAGGUCCCUGUUCUGAAACAGAUAAAGAAGAAAGAUCUGCAAUUCUCUACUGAUUCUUUUCUGGAAUCCUCUACACAGCUUUUAGAAAGUAAGGUAGAAGCAAAUCAAGAUUAUCAUGACUCUUUCACAAGAGAGCUACUAGAAAAUGUUCACACGUUUGUUGACCAAAACCACAAACACCACAAAACAAAUACAAAGUAUGAGAUUGAUUUGAAGCUUCACGUUUGUGGCAUCGCUUCAAGAGAAUUCCUGAAAAUGCACCAGAAGUUUCUGUCAAACCUGAAUCCUAAAAACCAGCUGGAGAAGUUCAAGCCUGGGUACUUGUCAGAUUUCAUUGAUUUGUACAAAGAGAGAGAUGACUGUCAACGCAAAGCCAAUGAUUACAUUAAGCUUUGUAUCAAACCAGCAGUGGAAGAUUUCAUCAACAGAUCUCUGGGAGUAGACAUUGUGGAUGAGAUCUUAACGAGCCAACAUUCUGCAGAGUACAGCUCUCGCUCAUUUUUCCAGUACAACAUUCAGAAAGAGUUGCUGGAGAAGGAUGACUUUGAAUGUUUUGUAAAGUACAUCAAUAAAUAUGAGAUAUAUGUGAAGAACUGGAUAUAUGAGCACAUAAAGCAACAACUAAAACAGAAUGAAACACUGAACAAGCUGAAGAACAGGAACCUCAAAAUCAUAACUGAGAAAAUUGCAGAUGCAAUAAAAGCAGCAUCUAAAAGACCAAGUGGAGUUCCUCUGCCAGAUGACACUGAAAGCACUAAAGAGCUCAUCAAAAACAUCAGAGAACAUUUGGUCAAAGAAAUCUCAAUUCCAGUUGAAGCUGAAAAAACAAUCAUGUUUCAAAUCCAAAGCACAUGUCACCCAUUUAUCAAUAGUGUCAAGAUGGCAUUAGAGAACCUGGCAAAUGAGCUGGAGAAUGAAUACUUUACAUCUGAAGGUAUCACUGAAAUUUUGAAAAAACUGACAGUUAAACCUCAGGAUGAACUUUUCAAGCGAGUUUUUGGAUGUGGGAAUCAGUGUCCAUUCUGUAAAGCUCCAUGUGAAGCUGGAGGCAAAGAACACAAGCUGCACAGUGCAGCUAUACAUCGACCACAAGGUCUGGGUAGAUACAAUUACAUUGAAACCACCAAGCUUGUUCCAGAACUCUGUACAACUCUUGUCCACAGUAAUGCUAAAUUCAAAAAUUCACUCACUGACUCAAAGUUUCAUCCUUACAAAGAGUACAGAACAUUUUAUCCAGAUUGGCACAUUCCACCAGACCCCAGCAUUGAGGCUUCAGACUACUGGAAGUACAUCCUGGUGAAAUAUAAUGAUCAAUUUGCUAAGAAAUAUCAGGCCAAACCAGCAGAUGUUCCUAAAGCCUGGAGGAGAAUUUCACAGGAAGACGCUCUGAAAGGCUUAAAUGAUGCUUUCAAUAUUAAGUGAAAGAAGUUUU